CCUCUUUUAAAAUCAGAUUUUGUUUUCUCCUAGCAUAAGCAGCAAAUAAAUGAGACCUUUCUCAGGAACUAAAAGGAAGAUAAGGAACUUAAACUUGGGAGGAACAUGAAAGAUAGCAUUUCUGAAGAACACCUGUAUUUGGCUUUUUCUCAUCACUGUGGAGAUAGUAUCUUUCCACUUCAUACUUCUAUUUCACUGUUCUUGCUGUCCUACUGUGACUGCAAGUUAUUCAAAGUUUUUUUAGUUCCAACUGGUGAAAAUGCAGACGAUGAGCUUAUAACAAAAAUCCUACCUCACGAUCUUGAGGUCUGCUUGAUCUCCAGACAUCAGCUUCCUAUGGUGGUGCAGAGCUGCUGUUUACCUGCUGUUGUUGUGAAAGAUGGCAAAUUCUGUCGAGCUGGACUAUCUGUUGUCUUAAGGCAUAUAAUACAGAAAGCAUAUGAAGCAGAUACAUCCAAAAAGGAUGUUUUGGAACUUCUAGGCUUCAAGAAGACCUGCUUAAAAGCUUGUGCUGAAGUUAGCGGAUGGACCCGACUUUGUGAGAUCAGCAUACCUCUGGCUGUUGAAAGAUUUUUGACGAAAUCUCCUGAGCACUGUCAGACUGUUCCUGCUGACAUUUUAGAGCUUGAAAGGAAGCUUGGGGAACCUGUCCGAGUGCACAAUGAUGACAAAAUCCGAAGGCAGAAACUUCAGCAACAGAAGGCAGGUGCCAAGGUAGCAGCAGCAGAAGGGGAACCAGUAGAAAUGCAUGAACAUCCACUUCCAAAUUUAGAACUGAGCAUAGCUUUCUCCAAACUACUUGUCCAGAAAGUAUCACCUACAGUCAACAGGGAGCCCUCUCACAUCAGGAAAACAAAAACAACAGACCUACCAGCUUUGGACCAUGUUUUUGCAGAAGGGCUUUAUUUCACCUUGGCAGACAUAGUGCUUUUGCCAUGCAUCCAUCAGUUCUUGGUUUUCUUCGAAAAGCAAGGCAUAAAUCUGUUAAACUUGCCUCUGAUAUCCAGCUGGUAUCGAAGAAUUCAGGAAGUACCUGGAGUAAAGAAAGCUGCAGACAAGUGCAACAUGCAGCUUCUCCAGCUUCCGGAGCUGCAGUCUGGAGCAGCAGAGGAGCAGCUGCAGAGCUGCCUUUUGGUUUCUGGUGAUUUACAGGAGGAACAUCAAGACAAUCAUUUUAUAGGUGGUCCAAGGCCCACAAUGACUAAAUUAUUGGAAAGUGGUAUUGAAGCAAAGUUUUCUCCUCAUCCGUGCCCUGACUGGACCCUAGACUGGAAUAGUCUGCCAGCAGCAGUCAGUCCAGGAGAAGGAAAGAUGUCCAGAGAUCGAGCUCUGAGGAAACAGCAGCAGUUGAAUAAUUUGAUAGCAGCGGUGAAAAAGCUUGCUAAGCCUGGAGAUGUGAUUGUGGAUUUUUGCAGUGGAGGGGGCCAUGUUGGAAUUGUUCUUGCUCACAUGAUGCCAUCAUGUCAGGUGGUGCUCAUAGAAAAUAAGGAAUUGUCACUGAUUCGUGCUAAAGAGAGAAGUGAUGAACUAGGCUUAAACAACAUUUGGUUCAUUCAAGCAAAUUUGGAUUAUUUUAAUGGGACUUUUAAUAUUGGGGUAGCUCUGCAUGCCUGUGGUGUGGCCACGGACAUGGUGAUUGAGCACUGCAUCAAGGCUCAGGCAGCCUUUGUCGUCUGCCCGUGUUGUUAUGGCUUCAUUCAAAACACAGUGAAGUUCUCAUAUCCACAAAGCCAUCAAUUCAAAGCCAUUUUAUCCUACAAGGAGCACAUGAUUCUUUGCAGAUUUGCAGAUCAGACAGCUGUUCAGCUUCCACCUGAACGCCGGUCAAUAGGAAAGCAGUGUAUGGGSCUUGUGGAUCUGGAUCGGGCAUGGGCUGCAGAAGGACGAAAUUAUUCUGUCCAAGUGAUAUCUAUGGAGCCGGAGAGUUGUUCCCCGAAGAACAAUAUGCUUGUGGGCAUCCCUGCUUAGAGUGUGAAACUUGCAUUUAAUUUGAAGUUGGACAUAAAUCCUGGGUGCAUAAUGACAUCCAGCAGAUACGAGCAGCGCUGGGAGCCAGACGUCAUGUGCCUUGACCAUUGUGUUUGGAAAAAGGCAGCAGCAGGACGAGCGCACUGCCUGCUGAGCMUCACAAGUUGUACUUGUACUGUUUCAUUAAGCAGCUUUUGCUUCUCUUUCUGGGAAGUUUCUCAAUCUGAAACCUGUCCGUAGAAUCAUAUCCACCAGCAAAAGUUCAAAAGAGAGAGUUGGUCUUCUUGAAGUGAAAGUGAUUUCCUUUCACUAAAGCUGUCUUGGCUGCCUCAGAAAUUCAUUCAUGUUCAAAACAGCAUUUGUUGAGUGCUGCUCUGCCUAUGGGCAGAACAUUUAUCUGCCAAUAACUUUUCCUAUGUGGUUACAGGUUCAGGACAUCUGAGAAUGCUGCCGUGGAUUAGUUUAAAUGUGUUUCAAAUCUCAUCAGUGUGAAUGUAUCUUCAGUGCGUGUUGCAAAUAGACAGCAAAAGAUGUUGGAUGGAAAAGAGACCUUGAAAUAUUCUAUUCCUUAUAGAAGUUAUAUUUUUAAAAGUUAUAAAUAUUUGUUUUAGAUUUUUUUAUAUGAAGUCUGAAGGACUCUGCCCACUGUUUUAUAUGGAAGCACAAAGGGAUGCAGGUAGAUAUGAUUUCAGA